CAACCCUUUGUCUUCUUUCUUCAAAGGUUUUAGAAUCCCAUCACAGAAACCCCCUCUCUCUCACCAUCAUGUAAACUCUACUCUUCCUCUAGUCCCACCACCACCCCACAUAAAACUUUCUCUCUCACACACCACACACACUAAAGUUCCCCCCUUGAAAGCGAUUCUCAUUUUCAUCAAUACUAAUUGUCACCAUCAUCAAUCAAACCCACCUUUACCAGUUGUAAUUCACCCACAAUUCCGAUCAUACACCAACACCAUGGUGGUGCCGGUAAGUCAACCGCAACGCCACCGUCAACCGCCGGAAACCCCAUCAAGAAUCCGACUCCGAACCCUCCUCCGAGUCGCAUCAGUAGCCUGCGGAAUCCAAUUCGGCUGGGCCUUACAACUAUCUCUACUAACCCCAUACGUACAAGAACUCGGAAUACCGCACGUAUGGUCCAGUAUCAUCUGGUUGUGUGGACCGUUAUCCGGUUUUUUUGUCCAGCCGCUUGCUGGCCAUAUGAGUGACCGGUCCACCAGCCGGUUCGGGCGACGCAGGCCGUUUAUUGUUGUGGGGUGUGGGUCGAUCAUUUUGUCGGUGCUUUUGAUCGGUUUUGCUGCGGAUAUUGGGGGGUGGUUGGGUGAUGGGGAGACCAAGACGCGUGCGAUUGUGGUGUUUGUUAUUGGGUUUUGGUUUUUGGAUAUGGCGAAUAAUGCUACUCAAGGCCCUUGUAGAGCUUUGCUUGCUGAUCUUACUGGGAAGGAUCACCGAAGAACUCGAGUUGCAAACGCAUAUUUCUCCCUUUUCAUGGCAGUUGGUAAUGUUCUCGGGUACGCAACGGGAGCUUAUAGUGGUUGGUACAAGCUUUUCCCGUUUACAUUAAACUCUUCAUGUGACAUUAACUGUGCAAACCUCAAAGCCGCCUUCCUUCUCGAUGUUAUUUUCAUCACAUGCACUACAUACAUAAGUGUGACCGCAAUUCACGAGCAACCAAUAACUUCCGUUCAUGAUGCUAUUAAUCAAGAAUCAAGCCAUCCCCAAGAAGCAUUCUUCUGGGAAAUGUUUGGGACGUUUAAAUACCUUCCGAGGCCCGUUUGGUUGAUCCUGUUCGUCACUUCGUUAACUUGGAUCGGGUGGUUUCCGUUCAUUCUUUUUGAUACAGAUUGGAUGGGUAGAGAGAUUUACGGUGGAGAUCCAAUCGGUGACCAAAAGUAUAGUGAAGGUGUUAGAAUGGGUGCGUUUGGGCUCAUGUUGAAUUCGGUUAUUCUUGGAAUAACGUCUGUGCUUAUGGAGAAUCUUUGUAGGAGAUGGGGUUCCGGUUUUAUCUGGGGGAUUUCGAAUAUUAUUAUGUUUCUUUGCUUUCUAGCAAUGCUUGUGCUUUCGUUUGUGGCAAGCAAAACGGAUUAUGACAGCGAUGGUUUGCCUCCAAACGGGAUCGUGAUCGCUGCGUUGGUUAUUUUUGCAAUUCUUGGCAUGCCAUUGGCUGUGACGUAUAGUGUCCCAUAUGCGUUGGUAUCCUCACGGAUCGAGUCUCUAGGACUUGGUCAAGGGUUGUCGAUGGGUGUUCUAAAUGUCUCCAUUGUUCUCCCACAGGUUGUGGUGUCUCUUGGAAGUGGACCGUGGGACGCGUUAUUUGGUGGAGGUAACUCUCCAGCCCUCGCUGUAGCAGCAGUUGCAGCCUUUGCAAGUGGGCUCGUAGCCAUCUUGGCUAUUCCUCGCUCUAGGCCCGAAAAAUCCAAAAUUCGACAAUGAGAAGAAUGUUAUUUUUUGAUCGACCCGAGUGAAGAUGUAUUGUUGUUGUAUUGUGUUUUCUGUUUUGUAUUUACAUAUAUCUUUGUGACAAGGGAGUCUCAGUCUACUGCAAACAAUUGGUCUGAAUUUUGUGUAUAGCAGCGCGUGUUUAGUGGCAAUAAUAUUAUUACCAUGAUACAAAACAAUAGUCUUACAAUGAUUUUUUAA